AUGGCAGUGCGGGAAUACAUUGAUAGAUUUGAAGAACUUUGCAAGUUUGCUUCAAAAAUCUUUCCUACAGAAGCUCAAAAAUAUUACAGAUUCAAAGAGGGGCUGCAAGCUAUUUUAAGAAUGAGCUAUCAUUGUAUGAGGGAACAUAGUUCAGAGAGACCUCAAUCGCAUGAUAGUAAUUUCUUAGUAAGGCAGCCAGCAUCUAGUGUAGGUAGUGUGGCUAGCAAGAAGAGAUCUAUAACUUGCUUUGAAUGUGGUGGCAUGGGACAUAUUAUAAGGGAUUGUCCUAGUAUGGAACAGUUUAGCUCAGGUCGUGGCAGAGGUUUCCAAGGUACUACUAAUAGAGGUGGUCGAACAUCAGGCUUUGAUAGAGGUUCUGGUCGAGGUUCUGGCUUUAAUGCAAAUAAGGAAGCAAAUUCUCCAGAUGUUAUUUUUGGUAGGUUAACUAUCUUUGGUAGGGAUGCUUAUGUUUUAAUUGACCCUAGUGCAACACAUUCUUUCAUUGUGUCGUCAUUCAUAUCAUGCAUACCUCGAGAUAAGAGUGUGAUGAACCAUGCUUUAGUUGUACAUUUGCCAGUGGCUCAAUCAGUAGUUUGUCAGCAUGUUUAUAAAGAUUGUGAGAUACAUAUUGGGGAUUAUAAGUUUGAGGUAGAUUUAGUACCUUUGGUGCUUCAGAUGUUUGAUGUUAUAGUUGGUAUGGAUGUUUUAUCCAAAUACAAAGCAGUUGUUGACUGUUAUAGCAAGAGGAUACAAAAAAAAGGAGUAAAACUUGAAAAUAUUCAUGUUGUGAAUAAAUUCGCUGAUGUAUUUCCUGAUAAUUUACCAGGCUUACCACCAGAUAGAGCGAUUGAAUUUAGUGUUGAUUUGCAAUCAGGCACGAACCCUAUUUCUCAAGCUCCGUAUAGAAUGGCUCAAGCUGAGUUGAAAGAACCAAAAGUGUAG